AUGGCCGAGCAUCCUUCCUUUACACUUGCCGCUCUCCUUCCUGCUGGGGGGGUCUUGGGGUAUCUAAAGACACGCUCAGCACCAUCAUUGAUCGCAGGAGUGGGACUCGGACUUUCAUAUGGAUACGCUGGUUAUCUGGUCAAAGAAAACAGGGACUACGGAACCGAGUUGGCCCUGGCAAACAGUGUACUCCUGCUGGCUUCUGCAAUCCCUAGAAUCAUCAAGACGCAAGCCAAAUCCCCCGUGCCCAUAAUUCUCGGAGCCACAGGAUCUUUGGCAACUUUUUACUACCAAAAAAAGGUCCGGGAGUUCCGAUUCGGAGUCUGA